UGUCAAAUUUAGCUUUUGUGCCAAGUUUGGCAACCAUAAUCAUUUCUAUAAGAAACAACCAAGGCCAUAGGCUCACAUACCACUGAGCUCCUCCCAUGGCACUUGUGUCAGCUUCUCAGCCUUCACUGCCCACGUCUGUUUUUGACAAAGGGAACUUCCCCUUCAAAUGCGUUACAGAGGAGACACCUUGCUCUUCCUGUUUUGAUUCUUCAGCCCCUCCUAAGCCCUUGUUAAUCGUCACACCAACCGUAACCGGCACUUACCCCGUAAUCGUGCUCCUCCAUGGCUUCUACCUCCGCAACUACUUCUACCAAGACCUUCUCCAACAUAUAGCCUCACAUGGAUUCAUAGCUGUUGCACCUCAGCUAUACGGAUACGUGCCUUCAACUGGACCUGAAGAAAUAGAUUCCGGGGCCAAAGUCAUAAACUGGUUAGCAAAAGGCCUCCAAUCCCUGCUACCUGAAAAUGUUGUACCAGACUUCACCAAAUUUGCUCUAUCAGGUCACAGCAGAGGCGGCAAAGCAGCAUUUGCACUUGCACUUGGGCAUGCCAAAACUGCCCUGUCCCUCAAAUUUUCAGUGCUAAUAGGCAUUGACCCUGUGGCUGGCGCCAACCAACAUUGCACAAUCAGGCCCCAUAUCCUCACCUACGAACCUCAAUCUUUCAACCUCUCCAUUCCGGUCACGGUAAUUGGCACUGGCCUUGGACCAGAAAAGAAGAAUGCGUGCAUAUCACAGCCAUGCGCUCCAAAUGGCGUGAACCACAAGGAGUUUUUUUAUGAGUGCAAGCCUCCAUGUGCACAUUUUGUUGUCAAAGACUAUGGUCACAUGGACAUGUUGGACGACGACCCGCCCGGCUUGGUUGGGGCACUUUCUGGUUGUAUGUGCAAGAAUGGGACGGGUCCGAAGGAGCUCAUGAGGAAGACUGUGGGUGGGAUUGUUGUGGCGUUUUUGAAGGCUUAUUUGAAUGGGGAGGAUGAGGACUUGGUUGCUAUUGUGGAGGAUCCUGCUGUUUCUCCUGCAAAGCUUGAACCUGUGGAGUUCAUUAGAGCAUGAAGUAAAAUAGAUCAGCUGUUAAUCUUUUCUAUGUGAUAAUGAACUUUUUCUUUGAGUGAUGUAUAUUUGAUUGAUAUGCUACAUUGUAUUAAAUUUGGUGGUUGAACUUGAAUACGUACAUGUCCUAGCUAAUAAUGAUUACGGGUUUCUGUCGUGAUCAUUCACAGACAAAGUCACAUGGCAGAUAAGUUGAUAAGCUGCGUAAGGCAUGCGGUCAAAACCAUGUCUACAGAAAAUUUCAAACCAGUAAUUACAAAAGGCCAAGUGAGACACGGAUCUACCUUCUGUUUUUGAGUAUUUUUAAUUGUUUGACUCA